AUGCCUCUUCCUAACAAUGAAAUCUAGUUUCAUAAUGUUGAGGCUUAAGAAAAGAAGAAUAUAUUGCAAGGUGCUUCUGGGGUUGAAGAUGUUAGGAAUAACUUAAAGGAGCAAUAUAAGAGGGAAAUUACUGAUUAAUACAUGUAAAGGGAAAGGUCUAAAUCAAACAAGAGAGACGCUUAUAUGUAAAGAGUAUAGUCACAGCAAUAGAUCUAAACAGGUCUUGCCAUGGGUGGAAACGGCUAAGGAAUCAAUACAUAAAGGCAAAUACCACCAAGCAGCAACUCAAAUUCUAGAUUUAAAUACUCCUACUUUAACAUAAACAACAAUAAUGGAGGGAUGACACCUUAACAUAUUGAAAACAAGAUUACUUAUCAUGAUAUUUAACCUGGCAAUGCGAACCAUGAUCCAAACAAUAUUUUAGAUAAACCUUAAACAGCGAUGUCUAGGCCUAUGACUCAAGGAGCUGAUAAGGAUAAGAAGGCUUAAUAUAUAGGAGGAGCAGGGGCACCCUUGAAAGAUUAGAAUGGCCAGACUAUCACAAUCAGGAAUCCUCAUAUGCAUUAAUAAUUUGAGAGGAAACCAAAAGGCAUACUCAAAAAACAAGAUGAAAAAUUCGACUACUAUAGAAGUGACAAUAAAAGUAGAGGAGGUGGCGGCGAUAACUUCUAGAAUUUUUAACCACCCUAAUAAUAGUUUCAACCAUAAAAUAUUUAGCCAUAGAUUUAACCUUAGCCUUAAUUCAAUUUUGAUCCCCCAAACUCAACUCCAUAUAAUUUGCCAAAUAGUCUAGCUGAUUUUCCAAAAGCUGAUUACAUAGUAAAUAUUGGAGAUCCAAUAAAGAAUGAAAUCUAACAGAUACCUCCAUCAACUACUCAGAUGCCUAAUAUGAAUGCAGAAUAGUUUAAUUAAUUUGCAAAUCAAUUAGUACUUUACUUGCACUAGGAAAGGAUGGCAAGAGAAGCUGAGAAGUCCCAAAAGAAUACUUCCUAUGACUUAGAAUUAGAUAGGAUAAGAUAGGAAAGGCUGAAACUUCAAUAAGAUCAUGAAAAGAAAUUGAAGCAGAGAGAAGAUGAAUAUGCUGAGUUGCAUAAAGCAAAUAUGGAGCGUGUUAAUGAAUUAUGGCAAAAGAAAGUACAUGAUGAAAGAAAGAGAUUUGAUACUAUGCGUAGUAUGAAGAUAGCCAAGGCUUAGGAAGGAGAGGAAUCAAUAUUAUUGACAGAAUCUUUUCCUAAUAUUUUAGAGCAAGAAUUGAGGACUUAGGUCUAGGACUUGACUAGUGAAAUCUAAAAAAAUACUGUACUGGCUCAACAGAAGAUGAAUGAACUAUAAUAAGCUAGCAAUCUAAUUGAAGAAGAAAGAUUAGAAGCGGAGAGAUAAAUUCAUGAUCUCAACGAUUAAAUGUAUAAGAUGAAAUAUGAUGAUGUGAUAAGGCAUAAAUAUGUAUAUCAAUAGCUUUUGACUAAUAAAGAAGAUGCUGAUGCUAAACCACCUAAUUAUGUUCCCUAGCUUUUACCCAGACGGAAAAAUUUAGAUUAUAUAGCAGAUAUUCCUAAUGCUUAGGAAGUGAAUAUUCCUAUGAAAUUUUAUGAUAGUGAUAGAAAAUAUUAUAAUACUAAAACUGAUCCUUUGUAUCAUACAAAGCCCCUUGGACAUGAUGUGUUUACAACUGAUAUUAUAAAAUAAAAGAAAGAGUUAGGUGUGAUGGAUAAUAAAUGGUAUGAUUAGGAAUUAAACUAUGAUAGUAAACUAUAUGAAUUUGGAGUUAGUCAUUUGAACUAAGGGUUAUAUAGCAAUAAUGUUGGAUAUAUUGAUAGUAAUAGAUUGCCUGAUAGAUUUGGAGGAUUUACUUCUGGAUUACAUUCAAUGAAUUACAAAAGCACUGGACAUUUAGGGGCACUAAACUCUGAUAAUUAUAAUAAAGAUAGAGAUUUAAGUAAAAAGCCUCUUGAUUCUGUAAGCAAAUUCACCUACUUAUGA